AUGGAUGAAAGCGAUAUCAUCAGAGACUUAAACUCUUUUAUUUACGAUAAUUUUGUUGACAUUUCUGUAUUGACCUUACAUUAUGAACAAGUAACACUUUCAUCAAAUUUCGAAAGAUUACCAGUAUUAAGCACAAUAACUAAUCAUAGUGUGAAUAACAAUUACUUCACUGAAGUGGUAACAUCUCAAAGUAAAUGGUUUCCAGAGACACUGAUAAAUUUAAAUGUGAGUUUUGACGAUGAAAUUUUCAGCUUGGAAACGAUCGUGUUUUAUGAUAAUAAUGUUGAUUUAUCAGAAGCAGAUAAAAUUCUAGAAAUUGAUAGUGUUAAAGCUGUUAUUCCAAAGAAUGUAAAACUAACUAAAGAUAUUGCAAUUUCAUCAGAAUUUUGGUUUAUAAUUUUGGGAACAAUUGGUACAAUUGCUGUUAUACGACUCACGGGAUAUUUACUGAAGUUUAGCAUUAGUAAAAUUAUAAUGGGAAUAUCUGAUACUCAAGAAUUUGAAAAUUGGUCAAAAAGGGUAGUUUUUGUUUCACUAAUGAUAGCAUGCAUUGUCUAUACAGGCUAUAUUUAUUCGGUAUUUUUUAAUCAAACUUUAAUCAAUUUUCGAUCAGCUGUUGAAAUUUCUUCUACAGCAGAACUUAUUAAAUCGCACUUGACGCCAGUGAUGAGUGACAAUCAAUAUUACUCAUUAAUUGAAAGUCAAAAUUCUGAUGUUCAACAAUUGUCAAAAAAAUACCUAAUAAGAUCUUCAAAAGAGCCGGAAGAUUGCUUAAAAUACAUGGCUGAUUAUCAGAACAUAACCUGUUUUAUUCCUGAUGCUGAAUAUUAUGUCAACAAAUAUGAAACUGAAAUUGGGAAAUCAAAAUUUAAAAUACUACAAGAAACUCUUGGAAAUUAUGGGAUUAGUUUUGAACCUUUUUCUUUAUACUAUACCAAUUAUUUACGUGUAAUAAUUCGAAGAGCAAAAGAAUUUGGAUUACUUGAAGAAAUUAAUCACCCUUUUGUACCUCCACGCAACAUUAAUACUUCGCCGAGACUAAUAACAAAACCUAUUUUAAUUACUGUACUUAUUAUUGGAUAUUCUCUUUCUAUCAUCGUUUUUAUUCUUGAAAUACUUAAAAAACGAUUAAGAAUUACUAAAAUUGUGCGCACUUCGAAAGCUUCUUUGAAUAGAGAGAUUAUAGAUGAAGGAGAUAACGAAAUAUGAAUUGGAGAACAUGUAUACAUAAAUCUACAGUAAAUUUAAAAUACUACGACAGAUUUUGGUAAAAGCAAGAUAUUUUAUAUGCGAUUUUAAGCUGCAAAUCUAUUAUUAAUUAUGCGUGAAUACUGUAAAUUUUAAAGGUGAAUGGAAAACAAGGAGCAAUUUUACACAGACACCCCUAAGAUUAAAGAAGAGAUUUCACCAAUUUGAUGUUUUUUACUCGUAAAAUUUGAUUAUUUGUAUCUCACUACGUAAUUCAUUAACUAAACGUAAUGUGAAUUAAUUUCAAUUCAAAGUUGAUUUCAACUUCAAAAAUUUUGAUUUUAA